AAUUAUUGACCUCCAGAGAGAUAGGCCUCCAAGUUUCCCGUUCACCGCCACCGAUAUCCACGUGUCCAACUGUAUUGCUCCCACGUCAUCUCCAGACCAGCCGGCAGUGACUAAUAUUCGCCUCCUUCCGACGAAACCGCAAAGAUUAGUUGUACAAAGACGACAAAACCUUCAGCCAGAUCAACUUAUCACUCUUUCUCUCUGUAAGGUAAGGAGGUUUUCUCUAUCUGUUUUUACAUCUAUAUAUGUACAGACGAAUGAUUAUGUUGUUCUUGUUACCGGUCAAGCAGGUGAAGAAUCUAGAUCUGAAAUUCUGAGAUUUUGAAGCAGAAAUGAGGAGUUUGAAUUUCUACGAAAGGUUUUCCAGAACGUUCCGUGAAAAUCCUUCGCUUUCGAGAUUUCUCGUUGUUUUUGCCGUCAGUGGUGGGGGUCUUGUGGCUUAUUCUGAGGCAAACGUGCAAACUGUUGGGAAGAUUGAUGAGUUACCUGAGGCAGGUAAUGAGAAAAAGAGGGUGGUGGUUCUUGGAACUGGUUGGGCUGGAACAAGUUUCUUGAAAAAUCUGAAGAAUCCAUCAUACGACAUCCAGGUGAUAUCACCUAGGAAUUACUUUGCAUUCACGCCUUUACUACCAAGUGUAACCGUUGGUACAGUGGAAGCUCGCAGCGUUGUUGAACCGAUCCGCAACAUUGUCAAGAAGAAGAAUGUAAAUGUUGAUUACUGGGAAGCUGAAUGCUACAGGAUUGAUGCAAAAAAUAAGAAAAUUUACUGUCGUUCAAGUCAAGAUGAUAAAGAAGAAUUUGUUGUAGAUUAUGAUUACCUAGUAGUUGCAAUGGGAGCCCGUGUUAAUACGUUCAACACUCCUGGUGUAGAAGAAAACUGCCACUACUUGAAGGAAGUCGAAGAUGCUCAGAAGAUCCGCAGGACAGUAAUAGACUGCUUUGAAAAGGCAAGCCUGCCUAAUUUGAGUGAAGAUGAGAAGAAAAGAGUUCUUCAGUUUGUCGUUGUUGGUGGUGGGCCAACUGGAGUGGAGUUUGCAGCUGAGCUUCAUGAUUUUGUGUCUGAGGAUUUGGUUAAGUUGUACCCAUCUGUUAAAAAUUUGGUUAAGAUAACGCUUCUUGAGGCAACAGACCAUAUCUUGAACAUGUUUGACAAACGAAUCACCACUUUUGCAGAAGAGAAGUUCCACAGAGAUGGUAUAGAUUUGAAAACAGGGGAGAUGGUUGUGAAAGUCUCAGAAAAAGAAAUUUCAACCAAAGUGAUUAAAACUGGGGAGGUCUCUACUAUACCCUAUGGAAUGGCAGUCUGGUCAACGGGUAUUGCAACUCGUCCUGUCAUAAUGGAUUUCAUGAAGCAGAUUGGGCAGGCGAAUAGACGCGUAUUAGCUACUGAUGAAUGGCUUCGAGUUGAAGGGACCAACAGCAUAUAUGCACUUGGAGAUUGUGCCACAAUUAACCAGCGUAAAGUCAUGGAGGAUAUUUCAGCUAUAUUUCAAAAGGCAGACAAGGACAACUCAGGAACACUUACUGUCAAAGAAUUCCAAGAAGCACUUGAUGACAUCUGCGAUAGAUAUCCACAGGUGCAACUUUAUCUGAAGAAUAAACAGAUGAGCAGUCUUGUUGAUCUACUCACGGAAUCCAAGGGAGAUGUUGCAAAAGAAUCGAUCGAACUGAAUGUUGAAGAAUUCAAAUCAGCUCUAUCUCAAGUAGAUUCUCAGAUGAAGAAUCUUCCAGCAACAGCUCAGGUUGCAGCUCAGCAAGGUUCAUAUCUUGCUGAUUGUUUCAACCGCAUGGAGGAAUGCACGAAAAAUCCAGAAGGUCCUCUGCGUUUUAGAGAAUCGGGCCGUCAUAGGUUUCGUCCCUUCAGGUACAAGCAUCUUGGUCAAUUUGCUCCAUUAGGAGGAGAGCAAACAGCUGCACAACUACCAGGAGAUUGGGUGUCCAUUGGCCACAGCUCUCAGUGGCUUUGGUACUCUGUGUAUGCAAGCAAGCAAGUGAGUUGGCGUACAAGGUCAUUGGUGGUGUCGGACUGGAUGCGGCGCUUCAUCUUUGGGAGGGACUCGAGUCAAAUAUGAGGUUGAUAUCUCUGCAUACUAAACCAUCCAAAUGGUCGCAAAAUUUCCACUUAUCAUAAUGCCACGCCCCUCUUCAACAAGUUUUGUUUCUUGAUCCAUAUUUUUACCAAAUUCUAUCUUUAAUUUCAUUACAAACUUCUGCUAUGAAUAAUGGGUACAACCAUGAUACCUUCCCCGGCUUUACUUUACACCUAGUUUUACCUGAGCCCUAGAAUGUGUGCUUAGACGUUCCUUUGUAUUGUACCAUAUAAUCAAUACUAUUUUGAUCGAUUAUCCUCCA